ACAAAACAACGCGAAUAUGGCGUUCAAUGAAAGCAAUGGUUUGUGUUUUGAUUGAAUUUACAGUUAAUUGCAAUCAAAAGUAAUUGAAACGAACGGACACUUCAUUGAAUCAAUGAAUCACUCGUACAGUCAUUGAGUCGUUGUAGUGAUGAGUGAAUGGAAAUGCGAUUACAAUGACAAUGGCUUUCAAUGUUGCGAUUACUGUUUAAUCGUAUGAUUGCUAUAAUAAUGAACUCAAUUCAUCUGAAGUAGUGCUCCAGAAGUGGAAGUGUUUUGUCCAUUGACUCGAUAUUUGCAUAUUUCUUAUAAAUAAUGUAACCAUUUGUUAGAGACUUGUAUUGAAUUAACUGUUGAUUUAUAUGAUAAAUGACUCGUAUUUUGCAUAUAUUUUGCAUAUUUUUGUCACACAUAUAGCCAUAUAUUGUACAAAAAAUUGUAUUUAUUUUUGUUGAAAACUGUUUGAUAACUGAAUUGACGACUAAUAUAUUGAGCGGAAAGUCAUCUGAAGGAGUGAAGGGAUGGCGAAGACAAUGACGAUGUCGUCGCCAUAUAGGGCUCAGUUCAAUACGGGAGGCCAACCCCACGCCACCCCCCAGUCCUCGCCCUACCAUAAGUACCAGAAGUCUGCCACCAGUUUCUACGUAUUCCAACCGCGACCUCCCGUUCCCACCGUAUAUCAGGCGACAGAGUUUGACGGCAAACGUCUUCGCAAAGCGAUCGCCAGGAAGACCGUCGACUAUAACUCGUCGGUCACUAAAAUGCUUGAGUCCAGAGUGUGGCAGAGAGACCACAGAGACUGUCCGGCACUGCAUCCAGACGUGGGAUACUAUACUGAGAUGGUUCCGCCACUCAAUCAGUUGGACAACCCGUCCAAUUGCAUCACAACGAAGUUUGUGAGGACGUCGACCAAUAAGAUGCGUUGUCCCAUAUUCUGCGUGCUUUGGACGCCGGAAGGGCGCCGACUGGUGACGGGCGCCUCCAGUGGAGAGUUCACGCUCUGGAAUGGUCUCACUUUCAACUUCGAGACUAUCCUUCAAGCUCACGACAGCGCCGUCCGUGUGAUGGCCUGGAGUCGAUCCGACCACUGGAUGGUGACGGCCGACCAAACCGGUUAUGUUAAGUACUGGCAAAGCAAUAUGAAUAACGUCAAGAUGUUUCAGGCACACAAAGAGCCCGUCCGAGCAAUCAGGUGCGCCCCCACAGCCCCCAUACUUACCACUCACACCCUCCUCACCACCGGUGAUGUAUUUGUUGACUUUUUCUGUCCGACGGACUCGAAGCUGGCCACGUGUUCAGACGACGGCACGAUUAGGAUUUGGGAUUUCAUGCGAUGCUUCGAAGAGCGCAUACUUCGAGGACACGGCGCUGAUGUGAAAGGUGUCGAUUGGCACCCAUACAAGUCAUUGAUUGCUUCCGGCAGUAAAGAUAGUCAACAACCCGUCAAAUUAUGGGACCCCAAGUCGGGUCAAAGUCUGGCCACUCUUCACGCCCACAAGAACACAGUGACAGACAUUAAAUGGAACCAAAACGGCAAUUGGCUGCUCACCUCCUCGAGAGACCAUUUGAUUAAAAUCUUUGAUAUCAGAAAUAUGUCCACAGAAAUGCAGACAUUUAGGGGACAUAAAAAGGAAGCGAGUUGUCUUUCAUGGCAUCCAAUCCACGAAAGCUUAUUUGCGAGCGGAGGGUCUGACGGAUCCAUAUUGUUUUGGUUAGUCGGCACUGAGAAAGAAGUGGGAGGUAUGGAUAGCGCGCACGACUCUAUUGUCUGGUCUUUGAAUUGGCACCCAUUGGGACACAUAUUGACCUCAGGAUCUAAUGAUCACACCUGCAAAUUCUGGACGCGUAACCGACCCGGAGAUAAGAUGCGCGACAAAUACAAUCUGAAUCUUCUGCCCAAAGGCUCCGAAGAAGCGGAAUAUGACGACGUCGUGACCGCGCCAUCCAUUCCUGGGAUGGGUUUUGGAGACAAUGAAUAUGAAGAGGAGGAGGAGAUAAUGAACGGCUCAUCGAUUCCCGGUUUGGGAUUAAUGAACGAUGAGACCAAAGAGCAGCACCGGAAGGUCCCCUACGCUAAACCCAUUCCCAAACAAUUUCAACAGCAAUGGAAUGGAGACUCGAAAUCUGGUGGAAACUCUAAUAAAGAUAUACCGGACUCACAAACACCUCCUAAUCUGGUGGGCGGUCCACAUAUGAACCGAAACUUUGCAAAUAAUAAUCCGAAUCUAAUGCCGCCUCGAUUUGCACCUCCUUCUGGACCCAAUCCGAGACCUUUUAUUCCUCCGCCAGGAAUGCCAAUACAGGGCCACCCGAGCGCUCAGAACAUUCCGCCCAACUUUAUGAUGGGCUCCCGAAUGGCUCCCCCGCCUAUGCCUCCUAUGAUACCUCCAGGUGCUCAUCAAAUACCUGAUCACAACAUUCGUCACGACAACUAUCACAUCCAUAACCAAAAUCUCAGACAAAACAACGCUAUCGACCGACCGAUGUCUCCGCGACAGCAACUCAACAGAGACACAGACGAGAGGUUUCAACACAUGAAUCAUUUCGAUGAAGACUUGAGACACUCUCACGACAGACAAUAUGAGGAGCAGUUCGACAACAGACCCUAUGAUGACAGGCCUUAUGGUCACCGACAGGACAUUCGCUUUAAUGAUAGGGCCGACCGAAGAGACUUCGAGGAGAAGAGAAGAGACGAACCAAUGGAUCGAUGGCGUCGAGAGGACAAUGACAUACCAUUCAGACAUUCUGGCACUUCAGACAAGGAUUUCAGGAACUCGAGGAAAAGGGGGUGGAAUAACGAGUCACCCAAUGAGCAGGACUUACACGAAGAGAAACCCCAUUUCCAACAACCCGUCGAUCGGAUGUGGAACAGGAUUUCGCCGAAUGGCACCGAUAGGGAUCGCGACAGAAUGCCUGAAGCAGACAUAGCCCUCAUUGGUCUGGCAGUUAUGGGACAGAAUCUCAUACUGAAUAUGGCUGACAAUGGAUUCACUGUGUGUGCGUACAACAGGACGACCUCAAAAGUGGACGAUUUCUUGGCCAAUGAAGCCAAAGGCAAGUCAGUGGUUGGCGCCCAUAGUAUUAAGGAGAUGGUGUCCAAACUGAAGCGACCCCGACGUGUCAUACUAUUAGUGAAGGCCGGGUCAGCUGUAGAUGACUUUAUCGCCCAAUUGGUGCCACACAUGGAGUCCGGAGAUAUCAUUAUAGACGGCGGGAACUCAGAAUACACGGACACUGAGCGCCGGUGCAAAGAG